ACUUGUUGACAGUGCAUUUGGGAGGUGGCUGGUGCGAAAGUUUGCAAGAUGUGUUGACGCGCGAGUUUGCAGUGUGUUUGCAUGUUGCGGAUGGGAUAAUCAGUAAGAUGAAUUGUGAACGGUAGAAAGAAAGGAGCCAGCUUCAGCACUGCCCAUCGAGUGCUCUUACACACGCGAUAUUUGAACACUCACGCCCACACGGAUAUGUUUCCAUUAUGCUCGUGUACAUUGGUUCCUGCUCGGUCUGCUUCCGUGCAAAAAUGCAUCCAUCUCGCCGUGUUGCUGCUUGCAAUUUUAGCCGUCCCAUCGCAUGCCGUUGAGAAACGAAGCGUGUUCUACGUGAAACAUAACUCGACGGAAAAGAGCCACAAAUCGGUCUCGUCCAGCGAUGAGAAACCAACGCUCUGGCUGAAGGACCACGACGCGCCUCGAGUUCGGCCACACUUCAGCCUAACCAAGACGUCCAACUUCCUGUUCGAUCUUAACCGAUACCGCUGCAAUGACAGUCCCUACAGCGUGGAUUGCAUCAACCGAACGACGUUGUUUCGGGCGAAGAUCAUCGGUGAGCUGCGUCGGCGACUAAAGGAACCAUUCCCGGAUGGAGACCACUACCAGGUACGAUACGGUCGUCCACUCGAGCCUAUCGUUAGCCCCAUCUGCCGAAUGCUGCGAGCAAACGUGCGCGUCCUUUCGUGGAAAGAGCCACCUUUCACGUGGAACGAGAUUGGCAGCUAUCUGCCGACUACGCCACUCUUCGGCGAUGUCACGAACGGAAGCUGUGUCAUCGUGGCCAGUGCUGGCUCCCUGAAACGGUCUCAGCUAGGGCCGUUUAUCGAUGGACACGACAUCGUGAUGCGGUUCAACCACGCUCCUACCGAGGGUUUCGAAGCUGAUGUUGGCUCUAAGACGACGAUUCGAGUAGUCAACUCACAGGUGGUCACGAAGCCUGACUUCCGGCUGCUGACAGCAACGCUGUUCCGGAACAUCACGAUCGCUGCCUGGGACCCGGGCAAGUUUGAGCAAACUCUCGCAGAAUGGCUCGCAAGUCCGGACUUCAACCUGUUCGAAAACUUCAAGAAGUUCCGCACGAAUCAUCCGCAGGCCAACUUCCACAUCAUAGACCCACGUAGCAUUUGGCGGGCGUGGACAGCUCUACAGGACCUAACGCAGAGCCCAAUCCGCAAGAACCCACCAACGUCCGGAUUCAUAGGUCUGGGCCUGCUGAUGCCGGUUUGUCGGUACAUCGACAUCGUGGAGUAUAUUCCAAGCACUCGCAUGAACGGACUGUGCCACUAUUACGACGACGAGCUCAACCUCGGCUGCACGUUCGGUGCGUGGCAUCCACUGGCGGCCGAAAAGCUGCUCGUCUUUCAGCUCAACUCCGCCGACGACUACAGCGUCUUUCAGCAGGGAACCGUGCGCAUCCGCACCGAUCAGCUCGAACGGUGUUAGGCGCGGCCACCACUUCCGGCACCUGUCCGACGCGAAAUGUCACCCGGCGGUCUGGCGGCAAUUAGUGGCGGUUUGCGAAUUAAUUACGCGCUUCAAAUCGACAGCUGAGGUCGCACGGGGCGCGUGCCAUAUCGGAGACCCUCGCCCUAAGCUCCAUUAGACAUUCCACCCGCGAGGAGGGCCCAGCGAGAUUAGAAAUAAAGAAACCAAGUCGGGGUGAAAAAC